UCAAAACUGACAACGGUUAGAAAGGAAGUUAGCUGUUUGUGUGGCGGUUGCGAGUAGUUUGUUUUGACAGAGACAUGCCCUUGAGUCCUCGUUACUCCUGCUUUUGUGACCAGUACCAUUACAUUAUUUAGCUUUGCAACUUCAAAGUAUAUUAGGUAUGUAAAAGCUUUCAUUUUUAGUCAGCCGAGCUACCAGUCAAGGCUAAAGCCGAAGCUUCAUAUCAGGUGGCGCAUGAGAAGUUAUUUUAUUUAGAAAUAUUAGCACGUAUUGUUAGCCAAAAGCACAGAACCAUGUGUGAAUACGUGUGCUACGUAUUGCUAGUGCCUAGUAAUACUGUCUAACUUGCCCAUGUACUAGCAAUACGUAGCAAACUGUGCAUGUUAGACAGUAUUUGCAUGUAGUUAUUAGACUAUCAGAAGCAUUGAAAUGGGGCACAGAUACAGACUGACUAGAUACACUGGCAUUGCCAUUACAUCCUGAACCAAAGGAAAUGUUAAGGUCAGCAGUAACAACGCCACCAUGGGGUUUCUACUGUCUAAAUCUAUGGAUGCAAACUUAAAAAAACAGCAAGAAUUCAUGCUCCACAAUUCACGGCUGCAGAUGGAGCGUCAGAUCCUGAUGCAGAACCAGAUGAGGGAGAGACAGAUGGCUAUGCAGAUUGCCUGGUCCAGAGAGUUUCUCAACUACUUUGGCACUUUCUUUGCAGUGGCCACAGUGGGACUUACUGUAGGCGCUGUUAAAAGAAAGAAACCGGUCCUGUUGGCUCCCAUCGUUCCUCUUGGCUUCAUAUUUGCCUACCAGAUGGACAGUGCCUAUGGGACACUUAUUUAUCGUAUGAGAGGGGAGGCUGAGAGUAUCAUGGCAUCUGAACACGACCGUCUGGACUUGCCUCUUGGGACUCCAACCUUCGAUAGCAUAGAGAAAGCCCGCCGCGCUAAAAGCAACCUCGCCUACUUCUUGGAGAAGUGAUGUGUUGGUUGUUUAAGACAAAACCGGAAUCGUCCAGUCGAUGCAUUCACCCGUGUUGCUUUUGUGUAAUUAUGAAAAAAACUGUACAAUACAAAUGGCCUUUUUAGAGGUUAUUGAGUCCAUUAUUUGCACCAAUUCUCUAUCGUGGAACUCACGUCAGAUUAGUCUCAACAUAAAUAAAUAUAAAAAUAAUGACGUUGCUGUUUUUGUGGUUAUCGAUUUUAGAGGUUCAUCAGACAAACUAUGAAUUAGAUACUUAAUAAAGCAGAUUAGCUGAUGCAGGAUACCGGUCCAAAUCUUAAAUCAUUUAGUAAGACAGCAAUAUAGUAUAUCAUGAAGUACGUUACCGCAUCAGUUACUGUAUGUUCAGACAUUUUAAUAGGAUUCAAUCAAAUACCGUGGUACAUUGAGACUAUGUCUCAACAAGUUGUGUUAUACUUUAUCAUAUUCUUUCUUCAAAAGCUGCAUUAAGUAACUUUUGACCACUAGAGGGCAGAACGACACUAAAGCACAGUAACACAACCCUCACAAAGUCUGAUGAUCAGAAGGUUAAUGUUGCAGGGCCAGUAACUGGUACACUCGCUUAUCACAGCUGUUUUGCUCUGAGUGAUCAAGAUGAUAAUAUAAAAAAUGUUACUUAAUGAAUCUUUAAUUGUAAAGAUUGUCAACAUAGCAGACAUUUGUCCUGAGAGCAGGACAAAUUCUUAUUACUCCAUAUCUCUAUAUCACUAAACUUUUGGUCAUAAUAACUAAAAGAGAUGAGUUAAAUUGCCAAGGUUGAAUUUGAGGGCUAAGGAGCUUUAUACCAAAGCUGCAGUUAGCAUUGGUGCACGUGUAGCUUUUAUUUUUAUCAUCAUGGUAGUAUUAAAUGAAUGUUAAAUACUACAAGGUGCUGAUACUUAUGCAUUAUGUAUUUACAAUAAUAAUAACUCAUGUUUGACAUCAUUGUGAAUUCAAUAAAAAAUAUUGCAAAGAAAAACAACUUUUGUGACAAGGUAUUACUUUUAAUGCAAAAUGCAGAAGCCAAUAGCUUAUAUAGACACCAACCACCACUUUUUUUUUUUUCUUUACAGAGAUGGACACAAUGUUAAUAGAAGCCUAAACCACUUACAAUGUUAAUUUCUUCCCAGUGAAUUGUACAACACGCCAUAUGUGCCUUCAUUUCAAUUGUCUCUGAAUCCUCAUUGCAACUAGUUGUUGGUCACUGAGCUGAGAUGGUGUGUGAGUAUCUUCAAAUAAAUAUAUUCCCAUAAUAUUACUACAACAAAGGAAUAACUCCAAGUACGUCAU